UAAUACAGCGCCGCCAUAAAUACCCGAACACAUGCAGUCUCUCUUUUUUAGGGCUUAAAACAUAUUUUUUCCCCGCCCCUCCUCCGCCAUGGCUGCCAUUUUCACAGCUCCCAAAUUCUCCUCCACACCCACAGCCUCCAUUUCCGCAGCCAAUACCAACAUCUACACCAGAAUUCCUCACCACGUCUCCCCAAGACCCUCACUCCCACGUCUCCCCCACGCCUGCCCCAGAAAAACCGCCGUCUCCUGUUCCCACCAACAUGCCCCACCGCCGUCGUCAACAACAACAAAGUCGACGACCAGGAACCGCCCAGAUUACGUCCCCAAUCGCAUCUCGGACCCCAACUACGUCCGCAUUUUCGACACCACUCUCCGCGACGGCGAGCAGUCCCCGGGCGCCUCCCUGACGUCCAAGGAGAAGGUCGACAUUGCUCGGCAGCUCGCCAAGCUCGGUGUCGACAUUAUUGAAGCCGGCUUCCCCGCCUCCUCCAAGGACGACUUCGAGGCCGUCAAAACCAUCGCCAAGGAAGUCGGUAACGCCGUCGAUAAGGACGGGUACGUCCCCGUCAUCUGCGGCCUCUCCCGGUGCAAUGAGAAGGAUAUUCGGACGGCGUGGGAUGCCGUGAAGUACGCCAAGCGGCCCAGGAUCCAUACCUUCAUUGCCACCAGUCCCAUUCACAUGGAAUACAAGUUGAGGAAGACCAAGGAGGAGGUGAUUGAUAUUGCCAGUCGUAUGGUUAGGUUCGCCCGGAGUUUGGGCUGCGACGAUGUCGAGUUUAGCCCCGAGGAUGCUGGGAGAUCUGACAGGGAGUUUCUGUAUGAAAUAUUGGGAGAAGUUAUCAGGGCUGGAGCCACAACUCUAAACAUUCCCGAUACUGUGGGUAUUACUGUUCCCUAUGAAUUUGGGAAAUUGAUUGCUGACAUAAAAUCCAAUACCCACGGAAUUGAAAAUGUUAUUAUAUCAACUCACUGCCAAAAUGAUCUUGGACUUUCUACUGCUAACACUGUAGCGGGUGCAUGUGCAGGUGCGAGGCAGCUGGAAGUGACAAUCAAUGGCAUUGGUGAAAGAGCUGGAAAUGCUUCACUAGAGGAGGUUGUAAUGACCUUAAAAUGCCAUGGGGAGAACUUUGGAGGUCUUUAUACUGGGAUUAAUCCACGACACAUCUAUAUGACAAGCAAGAUGGUAGAAGAGUACACUGGGAUGCAUGUUCAGCCACACAAAGCUAUUGUUGGUGCUAAUGCAUUUGCUCAUGAAAGUGGUAUCCAUCAGGAUGGAAUGCUUAAACACAAAGGCACAUAUGAAAUAAUAGCUCCUGAAGAUAUUGGUUUCGAACGAUCCAACGAAGCUGGUAUUGUCCUUGGAAAACUUAGUGGACGCCACGCGUUGAAAAAGCGACUUGAAGAGCUUGGGUAUGAGAUUGGCAAUGAGCAGGUUGAGAAUAUAUUUUGGCGUUUCAAAGCAGUAGCUGAUCAGAAAAAGAGAGUUACUGAUGCUGACCUAAGAGCACUGGUAUCUGAUGAAGUUUUUCAGCCAGAAAUUGUGUGGAAACUUCAUGAUCUGCAGGUUACUUGUGGAACUCUUGGUCUUUCUACGGCUACUGUUAAACUCCUUGAUGCUGAUGGAAGAGAGCAUGUUGCUUGUUCAGUUGGAUCAGGACCAGUAGAUUCAGCUUAUAAGGCCGUUGAUCUCAUUGUGAAGGAACCGGCAACCCUUCUUGAAUACUCCAUGAAUGCAGUCACAGAAGGCAUUGAUGCAAUUGCUACCACUCGUGUUUUAAUUCGUGGGGAAAACAAUCACACAGCUACCAAUGCCUAUACCGGAGAAACGGUACAACGGACAUUUAGUGGAAAUGGGGCUGGAAUGGAUAUUGUUGUUUCCAGUGUCAAGGCCUACAUUGGUGCAUUAAAUAAGAUGUUAGGUUUCAAGGAAAGGCCCCCAGUUAAGAAUCCGGCCGAAAAAACAGCUGUGUCUGCUUGAGGAGCUAUUUUGUAUGGUGCCUACACAAUCAAACGAUCAGAAUCAUGGCCAUGUGAUUUCUUGUGGAUUGUACAAAAGUGCAAAGAAUUUUUGGUAUUCUGUUACGGUUUUUGUCUGGUUUAUUGGUAUGUACAAGCUUCAGCGACAGACCCUAGGCAGACUUUUGUUUUAUUGUCGUUUUACUUCAUUGUGAAUUUGUACUAUUUGCAAAACUAGGCAGCGUGUUAUUUGAUUUUCGUUUUA